AUGUCGGCGACCAGUGAAUAUUCGUCGCUUCUGGGAACUGAUCGGCUUAUCGACCCAAUUUUACGCUCUUCAACAGUCAGUUUGUCUGCCAGCAGCGAUGGGAACACUCCGUAUAGAGUAUAUACCAGACGGUGGUUUAUGUUGACUGUUGUGUGCGUUUUAAACAUUUCGAAUGCAAUGAUCUGGAUGACCUUUGGUCCUAUUGCUGACAGAGCGGGGGAAUAUUUCAAAAUUAGUUACAAUGAGGUCAAUUGGCUAUCACUUAUUUUCAUGACAGCCUCUAUACCAUUAGGUAUAUGUGCAUCCUGGUUAUUAGAUACAAUGGGACUUAGAGCUAGUAUUGUACUUGGAUCCUGGCUGAACGCAAUUGGAUGUGGAGUUAGGGUAAUUAGUACCCUUUCAUUUGUACCACAGCAAGCCCGAUUCCCAGUAUUAAUAUCAGGUCAAUUCUUAGCCGCUUGUUCCCAGCCGUUUGUGAUGUUUUCCCCCACCAAGCUUGCAGCUACAUGGUUCCAAGGAGAUCAGAGAGCAACUGCCAAUAUGAUAGCAUCUGUCUCCAAUCCCGUUGGUAUUCUGCUAGCCAAUAUACUGUCUCCAUUACUUGCACCAAAUCAGCAUGAUGUCCCUUUUGCAGUAAGUUUACUUUAA